AAGACAUUAGACACCACCUUCCGCUCUCUCUCUCCAUCCUUUAGCUUCAGAUUUACAGCAGAGAUAGACACAGAAAGAGCACAUAAGAAGAGAGAGAGAGAGACUCACUCUCCUCUCUUUCUCUCUCUUUUACAAGCAUGCAAACCCUGAACCACGUUGUAGCUUCCACUUUUGCCGCUCCCAGCUCUCUUUAUUCACAUGCACUCACCUCUUUCCCCACUCCAGUAGCUCUGAGUUUUUUCCACGUUCAUGGCGGUCUCAGCAGACGUCGAUGCAGUGCUGCAAUUCUUGAGGAAAAACGGGCUUUCAGAUGCCGAGUCGGCACUCAAAGAGGAUAUGAUUGAAAAAGGUGAUCUGGGUUGUCUCGAUUACGAGAAAUUCUUGUUUCCGAUGGUGCCUCCGCCUCCUCCGGUUAGAAUUCCGGCGAGUUUCCGGCGAUCAGAGGUUCCAGGGGGGGGCGAAUGCUCGAGAUCGAGCUCGCAGGAAGACGAUGAGUUUGUGAGCAUGGGGUCUUCUACUUCUAAUAUGUGCUCAUCAUCAGAAUUUACAAAUCCGUAUGGAAUUCGAUCGACAUCUCCAAGUGGUUCCAAAGCCUCGUCUGAUAGAUUCUCUCAAUUUGGCACUGCCCGUGAUUACCAUGAUUUUGAUAUGCAAAAUGACCUGUUCUGGCACGAUGAGAAAGAUGAUGGAGACUUCAUGACUCCUUGCUUUGAAGGGCCAGACUUCUUUGCCUGUCCCAGUGAGGAUAAGUACAUCAUGACUUCGGACACAGACAAGCAAAACGAGAACCUUCCGGGUCUGAAUUUUAAAUCUGGAGCAUUUCAAUCAGACAUAAGCCUCGAUUACUUGGACAAGAAUUGUCUUACUAAUAUUUCUCCCGUGGGUGAUAAAAGUGAGCUUUAUGUAACAGAUCAUUAUAAUUUUGAUAAGAAAAAUAACCUUGAAGGAGGCUUUGAGGAGGAGCCUGAGGGAUGUGCUCCCCCUGCUUCUUCAGUCCACCUUUACAAUUGCUGUGUUGGAGCUGAAGGAUUUUAUGGUGAACAUUCUGCAGAUUGCUGCUACCGGAGCUCAAAACAAACUGAUUUCAAUAAUUGCCAAUUAAAGGUUUUGGGGGACAUUCCUCCCACUGACAUUGGUUCUGCUCCAAAUCAUAGAAUAAGCAAGAGUUCUGAAAAUGACCGGGUUGAAAACUUUAAAGGCUCCUCUGGUUUAGAUGGUAAGGUUGUAGAGAAAGAUUUCAUGCAAAAAGGACUUGAUGGCUAUGGAGUUGGAGACAGUGAAGUAAAUGAAGAACCUUGUGAGCCUGAGGCUGCUGCUGAUGGAGAUGGUGUUGACACUGAUGAGGUUCUGAUGUACAAUGCUAACGAGGAUGAAUAUGAAGUUUUCGAAUUAAGAAUCAUACACAGAAAGAACAGGACUGGAUUUGAAGAAAACAAGGAUUUCCCCAUUGUGCUAAAGACCGUAAUUGCAAGCAGAUACUAUAUAACAGAAUAUAUUGGUUCGGCAGCUUUCAGUAAGGUUGUACAGGCUCAUGAUCUUCACACAGGAGUCGAUGUUUGCCUUAAGAUCAUAAAAAAUGAUAAAGAGUUUUUCGAUCAGAGUUUGGAUGAGAUUAAACUUCUAAAGUUUGUCAACAAAAAUGACCCUGGAGAUGAACACCACAUUCUGCGAUUGUACGACUACUUCUAUCAUCAGGAGCAUCUCUUCAUUGUUUGUGAACUCCUUCGGGCAAACUUGUAUGAGUUUCAGAAGUUCAGUCAAGAAUCUGGCGGAGAAGCUUACUUCACAAUAAGAAGAUUGCAGGUCAUAACCCGUCAAUGUUUAGAGGCAUUGGAUUACUUGCAUCACUUGGGAAUUAUUCAUUGUGAUCUAAAGCCUGAAAACAUUCUUAUAAAAAGUUACAGGAGAUGUGAAAUAAAGAUCAUUGAUCUUGGAAGCAGUUGUUUUCGCACGGACAACUUGUGCCUUUAUGUGCAAUCUCGUUCCUACAGAGCUCCUGAAGUCAUUCUUGGCCUCCCUUAUGACGAGAAGAUUGACAUGUGGUCUUUGGGCUGUAUCUUGGCUGAGCUAUGCUCUGGGGAAGUGCUCUUUCCAAAUGAUGCGAUUGUAAUGAUCCUUGCACGUAUGAUUGGAAUGCUUGGUCCUAUUGAUCUGGAUAUGUUAGUGAGAGGUCAGGAGACAGAUAAGUACUUCACAAACGAGUUAGAUCUUUACCACAUAAAUGAGGAGACAAGCCAACUGGAAUAUAUAAUCCCUGAGGAGUCCUCCUUGGAGAAUCACCUGCAAGUAACCGAUGUCGGGUUUAUUGACUUUGUUAAAAGCUUGGUUGAGGUCAAUCCCGAGAGACGCCCAACGGCGAGGGAGGCAAUGGAGCAUCCAUGGCUUUCCUACACGUACGAAUCGAGUCCUUUCUAAACCUGUGGGGGGUCAUGGUUUCCCCUCGUGGCUUUAUUUGCUGUACAUUCAGUUUUGAAGGGCACAUUUGUGAGCAGAGUUGAGUUGCAUCCUGUGAGGCACAGGACUGACUGGGAUGCGCUUCCAAUAUGCAAUAUCAGUUUUGUUUUUGUGUACAUGUCCUGUUUUGCAUUGUCCUGUCGUAUAUUCUCAUGCUGAUUAACAUAUUCAUACUUUGUUCUUUGUACAAAAUGCUCCCAUAAGCAAUCUCUGAGUGACUGGGUCAUAGAAAAUGUAAUAAAAUCUUUUUGGCGUCGAUUCGGUUCUUUUAGAUGCCAAUUCAACGUUGGUCGUUUCCUCA